GGGAAGUGGAAAUUUCCAGUUCGAUUCGAUGGAGGACAAUGCGUUUGGGGAGUUGCAAGUUAUGAUUAUCUUGCGAUCUCGGAUUACAACAUUUCAGCAGGCUGCCUCACUUCCUUGUUGAGAGUAGUUAAUGUUCGGACCUCCAGUCGCCAGUUGCAGCUAAAAGCUGACCGCAUCUUUUUUUCCUCGUCUAAUUCCCAAAUAGAAAAAGAAUACGGCUUAUCCCAUUUCGAUCUGGUCGUUGACAUGGCUAGCGUGGAUAUGGAAAAGAAAGGACGCUAUUUCUACGGCAAUUACGAAAACUGGC